AUAACAGCAUAUGGCUUGUUGGCCACCACUGGCCCGCAUUGAAGCUGUCAUUUUGACGUGCGGUUUGUUUACACAACAAAACCAUUCCCAUGUUUGUGAUAAAAGAUUAGAAACGGUGAUUGUGCACCAUAGGAAAACAUAGAACAGCAUUCACCUAAUCUAAAACCGAAGUGGACGCAAGAGCACCCGAACUAUAGCCGAAGAAUACCGACAAGUGCGCUUUCGAGGCUUUGUUUUCUUGUGCGAUUGUGGUAUGCAAAUCGGUCAGUCUGUGUGAAGCACGCAAACAGUAAACAAUAGCAACGGUACGGGUGAUAACAGCCGAAGGAAUUACUUACCUGUUAAUUGAUAGUGCUUCUGUGCUGUGAAAUUACACUCCCCGAUGGCGCUCAAUCUGGACGAAUGUUACGAGCAUGUGCUCGGACUGGUGGAGACUGCUGGAAGUCUAAUCGCUUCCAGAAACUCCCAGCGGAAGCGCGUGGUAGAGAAGUCAAGUAAUAUCGAUCUGCUGACCGAAACCGACCAACAGGUGGAGCGUAUGCUGAUGGAAGGUAUUACGGCCAAAUAUCCGGACCAUAAAUUCAUCGGUGAGGAAGAAACGAGCGAAGGGAAGAAGGCGGAACUAACCGAUGCACCUACCUGGAUUAUCGAUCCGGUAGACGGGACGAUGAACUUUGUGCACAGCUUUCCCCAUUCGUGCAUUUCCAUCGCGCUGCUGGUGGAAAAGGUGGCAGAAAUUGCCAUCAUCUACAAUCCCAUCGUUGGCCAAAAGUUUACCGCUCGCCGUGGGUUGGGUGCGUUCCUGAACGGUAACCCCAUACGUGUGUCUGGUGAGACGGUUUUCGAACGUGCACUGGCAACGACGGAAUUUGGAACCUCUCGGGAGGAGGAAAAGACACGCGUUGUGCUGGAAAACAUCGGGAAGCUUGUGCGACGAAUUCACGGCUUGCGUAGCCUGGGAUCGGCUGCCCUCAACAUGGCGAUGGUGGCACUCGGCGGAGCAGAUUUUAACUACGAAUUUGGCAUUCACGCCUGGGAUAUUGCGGCCGGGGAUUUGCUGGUCCGUGAAGCAGGUGGCGUGUGUCUGGAUCCUGCCGGUGGUCCACUGGAUCUAAUGUCACGACGAGUGCUAUGCGCCAGCUCUCAAGAACUUGCCGAUAAGGUGGUAGAUGCCUUAACGCAAUUCUAUCCCGAACCAAGGGAUUAAAGUGUAGCCAUGAAACUUUAUGUACUUCCAACCUAACAAAGCAAAAAUAAUUAUCCCUCCCCUUACUGUACUUACCUGUCCCUAAUAGCCGUGCAAUACAAAGUUAAAUAAAUAAAUGUUACUCCAAAACACACGCAACCA